AUGGAAAGACAAGGGUUCAAUUCUAUGCUGUUUACUAGAGGUUUAGAAUAUAGGUGUGGUUUAAGUAAAUCAAUAGAUAGUUUUGGUAUAGAUAGUUUUGGUCCUAUUGAUGAAAAUAACGGUGGAGACCCAUCUAGUUGUUUAAGUAAAUCAAUAGAUAGUUUUGGUAUAGAUAGUUUUGGUCCUAUUGAUGAAAAUAACGGUGGAGACCCAUCUAGUUUAACUGAUAUGCAUAAUAACAUUCAUAGCUGGAAGAACAAUAGUGAAAAUUGUAGUUAUAGUCAUGGUCAUGCUGACUAUUCAGCAGAUGUGAACAACAUACAUAAUCAUAAUUUGCUAUUUGCAAAAAGUCUAUCCGUUUGGGAUAGUCAUAAUAAUAGUUAUGACAUAUAUUAUGCUUAUAAUGAUGAUAGUUGGACUUAUAACAUGAAUUGUUGCAUUUGGAAUUAUCUUCGUUCUCAAAUCUGGGAGGAUAUUGACAAAUCCAAUGCCAGUUACCGUGAUAUGGACUUUAAGAGUUAUAUUUGCGAUAUGGGCCAAAAUACUAGUGAAAGCCAUAGUACAAAUAUAAUAAUAUUAAGGAACACAAAUGCUAGAAAUCAGACAGCAGAUCCAGAUGAUGCAGAUAUAUCUGAUGGAUCAGAUAUAUCAGAUCCAUUGGAGAUAGAUCUAUCUGAUCCAUCCGAUACAGAUUAUCGAUACGAUCCAUUUGCUGAUACAUCAGAUAUAUCAGAUUCAUUGGAGAUAGAUCUAUCUGAUCCAUCAGAUACAGAUUAUCCAUAUUAUAUAGAUGGAUCUGAUAUAUCAGAUCCAUUGGAGAUAGAUCUAUCUGAUCUAUCAGAUACAGAGGAGGAUCUAUAUGGUAUAUACGAUCUAGAUGAGAUCUAUUAUCUGGAUGGAUCAACUAGAUUAGAUCCAUUGGAGACAUUGGAGACAUCAGAUCCAGAUUAUAUAAAUGAUCUGGAUGGAUCAGAUAGAUCAGAUCCAUUGGAGACAUUGGAGACAUCAGAUCUAGAUGAGAUCUAUUAUCCGGAUGGAUCAGCUAGAUCAGAUCCAUUGGAGACAUUGGAGACAUCAGAUCCAGAUUAUAUAAAUGAUCCGGAUGGAUCAGAUAGAUCAGAUCCAUUGGAGACAUUGGAGUCAUCAGAUCCAGAUUAUAUAAAUGAUCCGGAUGGAUCAGAUAGAUCAGAUCCAUUGGAGACAUUGGAGACAUCAGAUCUAGAUGAGAUCUAUUAUCCAGAUGGAUCAGAUAGAUCAGAUCCAUUGGAGACAUUGGAGACAUCAGAUCCAGAUUAUAUAAAUGAUCCGAAUGGAUAA